UUCAUUAUGUCUGCCAGCCUUUGCUGUGGCCGUCAACAUGCAGUCAGGAAGCAGAAUCAUAAAUGCACGCAGACUAGCAGAGGAGACAGGGAGGGUUUGGAAAAACAAAUGAGCAGAGCAGGAUGAGGCGGGCGAUCCUCGUCUCUCUACCUGUGGUGAGGUAGGAAGAGGAGAACAGACGGAGUGACGGGAUGAAGGACUGCACAGGAAAACAGGAAUAUGGAGGAGAGAGGUUUGUCCGCAUCUCACUGGAGGAGAUGGAGAGCUACUACAGAUGCACCAAGUGCUGUCAACAGCUGCAAAAUGACAUUUUGCAGAGGGAGGACGGUCCGUUUGCAGCAGAAAUCGGCCAUGAACUCCAGAAACAGUUUGCCAUCCUGCCAGGGGGCCGCGGGAUGAACGGCAACCCUAUCAUCAUCUUCCCAGAAUUCCCAGAUUUCAGCGAGCUGGAGGAGGAGGAGGUCCAAAAUGUCCUCAGCUACCUCAGCAGCAUCCCCAGCGUUGCUGCAUCAGGAGUGGGUUUCAAUCUGGUCAUCGACAGACGACUGGACCGAUGGGCCGCCGUCAGGGCUACCCUGCUCCGCAUCGCAGGUUCAUUUCCAGGGAACUUACACUUGGUUCUGGUGUUACGUCCCACUACUUUGCUCCAGCGGACUCUGUCAGACUUCCUGUUCAAGUACAACAGGGAUGAGUUCAAAAUGAAGGUGGUGAUGCUGAGUUCGGUGACUGAGCUCCAUGCCUAUAUCGACCCAGGACAACUGACCACAGAGUUGGGAGGCACGCAGGAAUACUGCCAUGACAGCUGGAUCUCACACCGCACUGCAAUCGAGGCAUUCGCCCUCAUGGUGAAGACCACGGCUCAGACUCUGCAGGCGUUUGGCACUGAGCUUGCAGAGACAGAACUACCUAAUGAUGCCGAGGCCACCGUCAACCUGCUGCACACUCACACUCUGAAGAAGGAUAAAAUGAAGGAGGACCUGCAGGUGGCGCUGUCUCAAGGGGGACGCCUGUUGGAGUGUAUAAACGAGCCUCUACAGACAGACCCUGAAUACAGCAUGACCUACGAUGAACUGGAAAACUUAGCUACUGUGCAGAGACUCCUGGGUCAGCUGGACGAAACGCAGACAGCAUUUGAUGAUUUCUGGGAGCGUCACCGCACCAAGCUGGAACAGUGUUUACAGCUCCGCCAUUUUGAACAGCACUUCCGUGAAGUGCGCCCCCAGCUUGACGUGACAUCGGAGCGUUUGUCGGGUUUCUCUGAGGUCAGCGUAAGCCCCGCCCAUGCUGAGCAUGUCCUCCGAGAGCUCAGCAGCCAUGAGGACAAGGCCUGUGACACACUAGAACGUGCCCUGUCCCUGGCCAGUGAAGGUGACAGGCUGAUAGAAAAUUCCCACUAUGCCGAGGACUCCAUCAGGCCGAAGUGCGGCGAGCUGAGAGGAGUGUGCGAGGAGAUCAGCUCCACUCUGAGGAGCAAGAAGAGCCUCCUGCUCACGGCGUUGGAGCUCCACCGCGCUCUGGACAAGGCAUCACGGUGGUGUGAGGACGGCAUCUUCCUGUUGGCCAGCCAGCCAGUGGACCGCUGUCAGUCUCAGGAUGGAGCUGAAGCAGCUCUGCAAGAACUCGAGCGAUACCUGGACACAGCGCCGCUACACACCCUCGCCGACCGCAGCGCCAUCUGCUGCCAGUAUGAGGCGGUGCUCACUCCUCAGCUCAUGGACCAGGUAGAGAGAGUUUUCCAGAAGCAAAUCUCCGUCCAAGAGAUGUUUGAGAAGAGACGCAUCAGCCUGAAGAAACUCGCUGCCAAACAGACCAGACCAGUCCAGCCAGUAGCACCAAGACCUGAAGUGAAGUCUCCACUCUCCUCUCCUAAUCAAGAGAGAAAAGAGAGGAGAUACUCUGCAGAUAGUGCCAUCUGCAAAAAGGUGGAGUCUCCCAUACAUAACGGUGGCACCAGACAUGCUUCUCUCUCAGAAGAAGAAGAAAACCUGGCAGUACUUCGGCGCCACGUGAUGAAUGAACUGUUGGAGACGGAGAGAGCAUAUGUGGAGGAGCUACUGUGUGUGCUGGAUGGCUAUGCAGCUGAGAUGGACAACCCUGCCAUGGCUCACCUCAUCCCCAGCACCCUGCUGAGCAAGAAGGUCGUCCUAUUUGGCAACAUGUCUGAAAUCUACCAGUUUCAUAAGAGGACGUUUCUAAAGGAACUGGAAGCAUACACUGACUGCCCAGAACUAGUGGGCCGCUGCUUUUUAGAGAGGAUGAAGGACCUGCAGAUCUACGAGGCGUACUGCCAAAAUAAACCUCGCUCUGAGAGCUUGUGGAGACAGUGCUCCGACUGUGCCUUCUUCCAGGAGUGCCAGAAGAAGCUGGAACAUAAACUUGGUUUGGACUCCUACCUCCUUAAACCUGUCCAGAGAAUCACCAAGUACCAGCUACUGCUUAAGGUGAGCUGUGUCCAUGUACUGUAUAUACUGUCUGUGUGUGUUUAUUUCAAACUGUAUUCUCCGCUUUGUCUUGUGUGUUUGCAGGAGUUGUUGAAGUACAGUAAGGGCUGCGACGGCUGUGACGACCUACAGGAAGCUCUCUCCUCCAUCCUGGGGAUCCUGAAAGCUGUUAACGACUCCAUGCACCUCAUCGCCAUCACAGGAUACGAGGGUAACCUGUCGGAGCUGGGUCGCCUGCUGAUGCAGGGCUCCUUCAGUGUGUGGACGGAGCAUAAAAAAGGCCACGCCAAGGUGAAAGACCUGGCCCGCUUCAAGCCCAUGCAGAGGCACCUGUUCCUGCACCAGAAGGCCCUGCUCUUCUGUAAGAGGAGAGAGGAGAACGGGGAGGGCUACGAGAAAGCUCCGUCUUACAGCUUCAAGCACUCCCUCAGUAUGAGUGCGGUGGGCUUUACAGAGAACGCUAAAGGAGACAACAAGAAGUUUGAGAUUUGGUGCAACUCCAGAGACGAAGUUUUUAUAGUCCAGGCUCCAACACCGGAGAUUAAAACAGCGUGGGUGAACGAGAUCCGCAAAGUUUUGACCCAACAGCUCAACGCCUGCAGAGUUACUGUUUUAGAUGCCAGUCAGCAGAAGAGCUCCGACUCUGUUUUCCCGAGUCCCAACAGCAACAACAGCUCCAUCUCCCUCAGUCCCUUUCGUAGCAGUGGUCAGAAAAACCAGAAGAAGCAAGAGGAGAAGAAGGCGGAGACGAGCAUGAUGUCUGACUCCUCUUCUUCACUGAAACACAAAGAUGAACCAGUGACCAGUCCGACCACUGACAGGUCUUCAGUGGCCAAAAAGCGUUUUACUUUGCAGGGCUUCAGCAAUCUCAAGAGUCCGAAAGGCUCGGCCCUGAGCCCCGAGCACUGCUCCAAACGCCACUUGGUCAAGAGUGACCCCACACCGUUUGGGUUCAAAGGCUGGAACAAGGCGUCUCUCUCGGUGGAUGCCUCAGAAGAGAACGAUGGGUACUCCAGCAGCGAGGACCCCAUAAACUCUGACGCCGAGGACGAAGGAGGAAGGAAGCUGGCUCCAGGAAAGUAUACGGUGGUAGCGGACUGUGAGAAGGCGGGACCUCAGGAGCUGUCUGUCAAGAGUGGAGACAUGGUCCAGCUUAUCAGAGAAGGAGAGGAGGGACAGUGGUUUGUGAAGAACCUGCGCAGCAGUAAGGAGGGCUGGGUGGCAGCAGCAAACCUCCUCAGCCUCAUCUCAGAGUCCAAGUCAUCCCAAUCGCUCAGCAGCUCAGAAUUGUUGCUGAUUGAUGGCAGCGUCUCUGGGAACGUCAGCACUUCUUCCAGCUGCAGCGAGACCUACACCAGCUUCUCCGACAUCAAACCCUGACCUACGAUCGCUGUCCUGGCGGCUCCAACCCUCAAACUAAAACAAUUUCCAUGUGGAAUUUAAAAAAAACUUAAGCUGACCCUGACAGGAGGACGGAGUCAAAGCGCUUCAUCUCGUAGACCAUCCACGUCACAGUUUGUCGAACCCAACCAAAAAUCUGAAGGAAUCAUUGGAUGUGCGAAUGUUACCAGUGUUUCAGCUGACGGUCGACUACAAACACCUUUUCUGAGAUUUUACAGCCACCUGUCUGUCUAAUUACAACAUAGAUGUUACAGUAAUGUGAUGUUUCACUACCUGGCAGGCCUUCUUUAAAGUUCACAAUCUUUGUCAACUACAGAUAAAAGCCACCGUAAAUUUCUUCAGUCUAAUUUUUAAUCCUUCUGAUUAUGUAGCAAAGUGUAGAAAUUAAAAUCUGCACUAAAUGUGAGCUCUCAGCAGCUCACAAAGCUGAACCACUUCAAGUCAACAACAUCCCAGCAUAGCGGCAGAUUCUUGUGUGAAACAGGUACAGAUACUAUCAGACUGGUAAUCCACAUGAUGCUUUAGUGUCGGACAUUAAUCGUACACUGUGAAAACUGGCAGCUGGCUGCAACCAGAACAAAUGCUUUCGGUGCAUCUUGGAGCAUCUCUGAGCAGGUCAGAUUUUCAGGCCCUGUUACUGAAAGUCUUGUCACCUUUUUGUACGGGCAAAAACAUACUAGGUAAAGUGUGUUAAACCCCUGUAGUGUCUGGCAGGCCAGUGGUAUCAAAUUAGUUGUUUCAUAAUUUUUCCGCAUUUGAGAAUGCUGUAUUCCUCCCAUGUUGUUGAUAGGAGCUUCCUGAUUUCAUGGUAUUAACUUGUAUAAGAAACACAGAGUCAAAUGUAUCACUAGGUGAAUGUCACCAACAGCACUACCUGGUGGUCAGAUGUCAUGCACUUCUCCAGCUACACAUACAAAUCACUUACACAAAGAGCGGCAGCUUGGAACAACUUUUGAACCUCCAUUUUUAUUUUUUUUUAACAGGAGUGAUUGUCUAACCCGCCUCUGAACUGCUCUGGAUUUACCUCCUCAGGAAGCCCAAGAAGUUGCGUGGGCAGGCAGGUGUGACUGCAUACCUGCUUGUGUCUACUAAAUGUCUUUGUGUGUGUGUGUGUGUGCACCAUUCCACAUGUGUGUGCUUCAGAACAAAUCCAGCUAGUGUAUGUCACCCCAGAGAGGCUAUUUAGCCACAGACAGCAGCUGCAUCAGAGUAACACACAAGGUCCCAUUUAGGGAAAUUUGAGGUAAAUUACUCAUUCCUUUGCCUGCCGGAUUCAUUUCUAUUCAGGUAAAGUUAAUUGAUAACCCUCCAACCCUGGUCAGACAAACAGAAACAGACACUCAUAAAUCUCAAUACUCUGCACAUACAUUUUGUGUCAUGGCCACUGCGCUCACAUAUCUUUGGUUUGCACUGCAGCAACAAAAGCAGGCUUUGUGCCCUCCCUCUGCUCCCAGCCAGUAGCCUCUUCUCUCCAAGCAGGACUAACCAGGGCCCAGACCUUUCUCAACAUGUUUGCACCACCCCGCCCGACAGCAGUAUGUGUUUACUUGCCAAGAUGUAGCAGAGUAAUUGAAAAAAUAAAGUGCAAAAGGAUAAUGACAGAAGUCUGACUUUUGGUGUGAAUUACACAACAGGGGUGGUGAGUAAGCCAAGUUGGCCCUAGUUGAAACUAAGUGGAAAACAAGGAUGUUGAUACAAGUUGAUAGCACAUCUCUGACAGGCCAGCUGCUGUGACACACACACACAGAACCUGUGCUAUUCUGAACACUGAAUGACACCUUUUUCUUACCUUGCUUUUCAAAGGUUUUUUUAUACCCCAAGAUUUCUACUGUAUCCUCAAGGCACACUGUAAAACAAUCGUUUCCUUUUCCCAUCUUUAAUGUUGAAUGUGUGACUCUGUUGUUAAAACAGAGAGUGCAGCAUGCCGUUACUCACACCAGCCCCACCCGUUUAUUACAUAAAAUGGGUUAUUUGUCCACCACUGUUUAACACCACUGUGGUUUUGUUAAAUUUCGCCACAACUAUGAUUAGUGCUUGUGGGUGUUUUCUUGAACCACUUUUAUACUGAAAUCGCAACGCGCGUGUCCUCCCUAUGAAAGGAAAGAUUCUCCAGAAAAAGGAAGCUUACAGGCCUUUCUGUGUCAAACUGUGAGCUAAACCAGAGAGUAAACUGUGGCUGGCAUUAUGUGUCUAUCCGUGUAAGUUCUGUAAGACUGAAAAAUGUAUGUCACACUUGUACAGAUGUGUCCUCUAUACCUCACAUUGUUUUCCUCCAGAGCAUGGACAUGUGAAGAGGAUUAUGGUUUUUGUGAGUCUCCUUGUCUCGCUGUAUGUCCUCUUUCUUUGUGGCAUGUUCUUCGUAAACCUCUCGUAUCAAAGCCCUGAACGAGGCAAGUAUUUUUUACUAGGCACUUGUAUUUUGUGAGAGUUUAUUUUCUGGCCUCCUAAAAGCUGACAUGGGCGCUAAACUUGUCAGUGUUCUCUCAUGAUCACAAAAUAAAGCUUAUUGAAUAAUUUGUACUUUUUGACUUGGAGGCUGGAGAGAUGAGAAGGGUUAUAUUUUUUCUUUCUAUGCAGCACAUUGCAGCAACCACUGUCUUUAUUUUCCUAUUGUAUCUAUUGAGUAUGGUGUUGAUAUAAAGAUAUUCUAAUGAGACAUCAGUGUAUAUUUGUAAAUAUGUAAUACUGAAUUGUAUGUAAAAUGAAAAGCAGCUUUAAUAAAGUCUGAGAUGGUUUCCUCUA